AUGAUGGGCAUGGUAGUCCUGACGGCCGGGAGCGCGGCGGAGGAGCCCCCAGUUCUCUCCCACCUUCAUUUUCCCCCCUUCCCUCUAGUUCAGCCCAAGGUGAAAAUUGCCCCCUCCAGCUACGACUCCUCCUCUCACCACACUUUGCUGAUUUGCAACGUGGACGGAUUCUGGCCCUCCCAAAUUGAAAUCAAGUGGUUCCGAAACGGGAAGGAGGAAGACGAGGCCCGAGUGUUCACCACGGACCUGAUCCGGAACGGGGACUGGACCUUCCAGAUGGCGGUGAUGCUGGAGACGUCUUCUCUCUCUGCAGAGCCACAGUCGGAGUCAGCCAGGAGCAAGAUGUGGACAGGGGUGGCGGGGAUUGUGCUGGGGCUGGUCUUUCUGGCUCCCGGCCUCGUCCUCUACCUGAAGAAUAAGAAAGGUCAAAGAGUUAUUCCUCAGCCACCAGUGGCGCUCCUGCAUUAGACCUCCCUGCCUUCCUGAGAUCCCAUCAUAGAGCUGAGCUUUUAUUUCUCCUCUUGUUGGCCUGCCUUUCCUCGCUGGAAUGCUGGAAACUCUGGAAAAAGAGCAGCACAGAUACAGAAACUGCCUGCUAAUUUUUUUGUCCUCCACUCUUGGGCAGGGGAGAUUUAGAGGAAGAAG